UAAAUAAUAUAUCCUAUAUUAAAUAACGAAGAAAUUGUACAUAUACGGUAAUUUUUAAUUAAUAGAAUCUUACGUGUCUUUUGAAGCACGUUUCUUCUCUUUAAUUCAUGAUUCCUGAGCGAAAAAAUAUGUUUCUCGUUUGCGUGACCGUCGGACUGGUUUUCCUGGCAUCGAAGUAUCGCAAUAACGUACUUCGCAGCGUCAAACAUUUAUAUGAAAAUAUAAAGAUUCAGGAUAAGAUAAAGGAGAAAAAAACCAAACAAGCUAAGCAAGAGAAAUAUAUUACUGAUAAAAGUACUGAUCAAAAUAACGACAAUAACGAUGACAAAGAGAAGAUUCAUCUUGUAUUGGAUAAAAUUAUUGUGGCAGACUCUCCAGAGAAGUGCGAUUGUGCUGUACAGCUUAUUCGCUGUAAUCUCUCUAAAGGUGUGCUGGGAUUUGGCUGUGAAUGGGUCAAAGAAGGACCUGUGUCCCUCCUGCAAUUGUCCACUUACACUGGAAUAGUUGUUUUGUUUCGUAUUGGAAAGAUCGGUUUUAUUCCAAAGAAACUCAAGGAAUUGCUAGCUAGCAAAUACAUUCUUAAAGUUGGAGUCUCUUCGUACGAAGAUGGACAAAAAAUAGCCAAGGACUAUGACUGCGUGUUUAACGGAGCUCUUGAUUUGAGAACUUUAGCCUUGAGCCUUCGUCUACCAUGCCGUAAGAGCUUAGCUGCCAUGAGUUUGGAAUAUCUUGAUCUCGAUAUAGACAAACUGAUAGAUGUGAGGUGCAGCGACUGGAACGCUGACACCUUAUCCGACAAACAAGUGCAAUAUGCUACUUGUGAUGUACUCACGUCUCUUAGCAUUUAUCGUAAUAUAUUGAAGAGAGAGAAAGCAAAAUAUUCAUUAUGGGAAAAAUUAAUAAAUUAUUUAUGCAAUAUGUUAAGCAAAGACGUAAAUGUUCGGGUUCACGGCUUGCCUGCUGGAGUAGUCGAUACGAGGUUCAAUAGUUACGAAUCACCGAGUGCAGAGAAGACACUUAGUGUCACUGCCAAUGAUGCUUUAUUAAAGAAAAAAUCACUGAUUAUGGAUAAAAAUAAUAAUGCCGAACGUAAAAGUCAAAUACCUACUAGGAUUAAGCCGUUAUAUCAUAAUUGUUACUUGCAAGCGCCUGAUGGAGAUAUAUUGUGUACAUGCGACCGUAAAAAAGCGGAGUGGUAUAUUUCAAAGGAUUUGGGCGAAAUUGUGGAGGAAGAACCGUUUACAGUGAGAUUGAAUUUCGAGCCGUCCGGUCGAGCACAGGGAGAAGUUGGGCUAUACUACACGCAGGCGAAAGUCAAUAUGUGCGUAGUCUGCGGAGAGAAGGAGCAAUUUAUCAGGAAGAACGUUGUGCCGCGGGAAUAUCGAAAGUAUUUCCCGCUGGUAAUGAAGGCACAUCAAUCUCAUGAUGUGUUGCUGUUGUGUCCCAAAUGUCAUGAGAUCAGCAGCAACAACGAUCUGCAGCUUAGAAAAAAGUUGGCGGAUAUAUGCAAUGCGCCGUUGAUUGGACCGAUGGCACACUCGCGAGAAAAAUACCUAAAUCACUAUCGAAAAUUGCACUCGGCUAUUAAAGCCCUGAGGAAACGACUGUUGCCGCAGCAGCGGCGCGAGGAGCUCGAAAGAUACAUACUGGAUUAUACCGGGCAACAAAAGAUCACACCAGAGCUUCUCGAUGUUCUGAACGAACAGGUUACGAACGCGCUGGUCCAACAACCUAUUCCUAGUCACUAUAAACAACAGCCGCACGGCUUGAAGGUGGUACAAUACUUUCAAAAUCGAGAGGGUGGGCUUGUUGAAUUGGAACGUUUGUGGAGAGAACAUUUUCUCGAUUCUAUGCAACCGAAACACUUGCCAAGUUAUUGGUCUGUAUACCACAAUCGAGAGCGACUGAUCAUACGCCUGGAACAGAAUAGAAUUGAACCCGAAGAUGCGAAAGUAGCUGGUUUAACGAAGUAGUACUCUUUCUAUAUGUAUAUGUAUAUUAUUUAAAAGAUUAACUAAAGUCUCGUAUAAAAGCGAGAACUUCUAUACGACCAUUGUACACAAGUUAAUGUAUCUCCAAAAAAGAUUAUAUAUUUAUACUUAUAACUAUA